AUGCCUGCCAUGAACAUCCAUUCGUUUCAGCCUUUUGAUGGGGUCGGUUGUCCCUGUAGUGCAAUAUAUCUUUGUAUCAACAACUUGCCCACACCAGAACGGUACAAUAAAGGAGAAUGCUGUCUUCGUUGGUCUCAUUCCAGGGCCCAAGAAAUGUCCAUCUUUUGCUAUUUUCUGUGCUACUCUAAUUCUUGUUGCCUGGAAAAAUUGUAUGGCCUGGUUUACUUCAACCUCGUUGAAUGCACUGUCAUCGAUUCGAUGUAUAGCCUGUAUAUCAGUACAGCGAAGAGAAUAAUGGAGAAAUGGGUAUCUUCUGGUCUCAUCACAGAUACACACUUGGCUGCAACACGGGUUGAUGCUGAAAAUGUUUUACUUAUAUACAUGGCUCAUCUUAAUAAGGUCCAUAACUCAUUAGAGGUUUUCUGCAGAGAGUGUGAGGUGUUAUAUCAAGCUCCGUUUGGUUCACCAAAGAUGCAUCUGCAUUUACGUUUGCGAGAGACCGUCCUUAGCUUUGGCCCGGUUUACUGCUCUUAG